AUGGAUUUAAGAGAAUAUAUUAAAGUUACAGAGUUGGAUAAACAAUUACCAAUCAGUGAAGAGGACAUUAAAGAAAUAGAAAAAGAAGAUAUUUCAUGGUUAGAAGAAAUCUUCAAAUCAUUACCACCAUCAACUGUCGACGAUGACCAGUUUAACAAAUAUUAUAAUUUCACAGUACCAAAAUUGGGAGAGGGUGGUUCAUGCAGUUUAAAAACAGAGUUUGAACCAUUUGAUUUAACUUCAAUUUUAGGUGAAAGAACAACCGAGUCUGAUUUACAAUUAUGGAGAUUAAAUCAAGUUAUUGAAAAACUUCAAUCAAUUUCAAAUGUUGAUUGGUUAGGUAUUUAUAAAAAAAUUAAUUAUAAAAAUUCAGAAAAUAAUAAAGAAGAUGGUCUUUUAAAAUUAGCCUAUUAUGGAGAAUUUAGUAGAGCAAUUUUCCCAUUAACAGAUUAUUUCCAAACAAUUAGUAACAACUCAUGGGUUGGUAUUAAUGGUAAAUCAAAGGUUAUUCAAAGUCUAUCAACUUAUGAAGGUGUAUAUUAUAAUUGUUCAGAUAAGGUAAAGAGUGAAAUCUGUAUACCAAUAUUAUUAAAUAAUAACGUUGUUGGCAUUAUUGAUGCAGAAAGUUGGAAAGAUAAUCAUUUUAGCUCAAAAAUUCUUUUAAAAAUUGUUUUGGUAUCAUUAUUUAUUUCAAAACACCUUUAA